AACCUCCUCCAUACGGCUUUCGGAAUCGGAACUAGCAACGAGACAAGGGAGGACAAGGGGAAACAAAGGGGCUGAAGGUGGGGUGGGCUUUAGAUAUUGACAGGAACGCACAGGGACUGCGUCCAACAACAAUCCGAGGCGAUGUUCUCCCUUCCUACAACUCUUCAGCCUCAGGUUACUGUGCCACUAAGCCACCUUAUCAGUGCCCUCCAUUCCAUAAAAACCUCUGCUUGUUCCACCGCUUCAGCCUCUGUGCAGAGCCUUCAGCGGGAGGCUCCGCCAGAGCAAGACCCUCGACUCCAGGAGCCCACUGCGAGCUUACGGGACCUGGGCUUGACUGACCUGGGCAUGGGGCAGCUUACUGUGCUGGUCAGCAGGCUACUGCCCAGGCUGGAGUCCGGCGUGUGUGCUCUCCCCUCCCUCCAUCACUACGCUCCCAGCUGGAGGACGUCACACGUCUCCUCAGAGUCGUUUUUCCAUAACAAGCAUGGCUUCUCCUCAAGACCAGUGGGGCUGCUGGGGCCCUCAGCAUUCCACAGACAGCGCUCCAGCCCCCUACAGGCCGUCUGCUCAGAGCUGCAGCACUGGCCAGUGUGGGUCCAGCAGCGGGGCUUCAAGACACUGCGCUCCAGAACGAGGCGUCUGCAGUCAGGCUACGAGGGCACAGCGGAGGCGGACGGAUACACGCCGACCUUCAUGAAGGGUCUCCUGAAUAAGGAGCGGGGUGCUGACAUGGACAGCCUGGAGGGUGUGGUGAGGCAAAGGAACGUGGCCGACCACGAGCAGGACGCCUUCAAGGCCGGCUUCACUGAGGGCUUCAUGAAGUCCCAGUCUAUGACCCAAAGAACACAAGACUCUCUGAGGAGGACUCGUCUGAUCCUGCUCGUGCUCCUCCUGGUGGGAGUGUAUGGUUUGGCCAAAACCCCGUUCCUCUCGGGUAAAGGCUCCUUUUCUGAUGCUGUGCGCUUCAGAACCACGUCGGGGCUGGAUUCAGCCGUGGACCCAGUGCAGAUGAAGAACGUGACGUUUGAGCAUGUGAAGGGCGUGGAGGAGGCCAAGAACGAGCUCCAGGAGGUGGUGGAGUUCCUCAGGAGCCCCCAGAAGUUCACCGUUCUGGGGGGCAAGCUGCCCAAAGGAAUCCUGCUGGUGGGUCCCCCAGGCACAGGGAAGACGUUGCUGGCCAGGGCUGUGGCCGGAGAGGCAGACGUGCCCUUCUACUACGCAUCCGGCUCCGAGUUUGACGAGAUGUUUGUAGGCGUGGGAGCCAGCCGCAUCAGGAACCUCUUCAAGGAGGCAAAGGCCAACGCUCCGUGUGUGAUCUUCAUUGAUGAGCUGGACAGUGUGGGCGGGAAGAGGAUAGAGUCCCCCAUGCACCCCUACUCCAGACAGACCAUCAACCAGCUGCUAGCAGAGAUGGAUGGGUUCAAUCCAAAUGAAGGCGUCAUCGUCAUUGGAGCGACGAACUUUGCUGAGGCUCUAGAUAAUGCCUUGGUCCGCCCUGGUCGGUUUGACAUGCAGGUGACCGUGCCCCGGCCUGACGUGAAGGGACGCACGGAGAUCCUCCAGUGGUACUUGAAGAAAAUCAAAGUGUCUGAUGUUGUGGAUGCGGAGAUCAUUGCGAGGGGCACGGUGGGCUUCUCUGGGGCGGAGCUGGAGAACUUGGUCAACCAGGCGGCCCUUAAGGCUGCAGUGGACGGCAAGGACAUGGUGACCAUGAAGGAGCUCGAGUUCGCCAAGGACAAAAUACUCAUGGGCCCCGAGCGCAGGAGUGUGGAGAUCGACAAGAAGAACAAGACCAUCACGGCCUACCAUGAGUCAGGCCACGCCAUCGUGGCCUACUACACCAAAGAUGCCAUGCCAAUCAACAAAGCUACCAUCAUGCCCCGCGGGCCCACUCUGGGACAUGUGUCCAUGCUGCCGGAGAAUGACCGCUGGAGUGAGACGCGAGCACAGCUGCUGGCCCAGAUGGACGUCAGCAUGGGGGGCCGCGUGGCCGAGGAGCUCAUCUUCGGAGACGAGAACAUCACCACAGGUGCAUCAAGUGACUUUGAUGGAGCUACCAAAAUUGCUAAGAUGAUGGUCACGCGAUUUGGCAUGAGCGACAAGCUGGGGGUGAUGACCUACAAUGACAUGACAAAGCAGAGUCCCGAGACGCAGGCCGCUGUGGAGCAGGAGAUCAGAGUACUGCUACAGGACUCGUACGAUCGUGCUAAGACCCUUCUGAAGAAGUACAACAAAGAGCAUAAGAAGCUGGCGGAUGCUCUGCUGGCCCACGAGACACUGGACGCCAAGGAGAUCCAGAAGGUCCUGGAAGGAAAGGCGCUGGACCCGAGAUGAUGGCCGUCUAGGCAAAGAGACUGAGAGUGUUACCCCCUUCAUGUGUAUAUAAAAUAUUUUAGUGCAAUUGUGUCAGAAGGAUAACAAAAGGUUAAGGUUUUUUGUUUUCGUUUCUUUUCUUUUUUUUCAACCGACUUCUCCUAUCUAGUCCAACCUCUUUGACCCUCCUUUUUCACAUUAAUUGAAUGAAAUUCUGUUUUUUUUUUUUCCUCUGUCCCAACAGUGCCCUUAUGGGAAUGUAUAAUUCAAUUAUCACUUUCUGGAAUUAAGAGCAUUUCGUUGUGCGAAUCACUUCAAAACGUUUCACACCACAUGAAGUGAAACUGUCGACACUCCAUCAAACUCAACAGUGUCAGAUAUGCCUUCUUCUGGAGUCGCAUCAUGUAAUGAACAGUUUUACAUGGUAACAGAUGAAGGAGAGAACUUUUUUGAAGUUGCAAAGCAACUCAUACUGUACAACAACGCAGGUAACCUUUCUGUGAUCAGGAUACUUUCGAAGAUUUGGUAAUAUUUGCAGCAGUGAAUAAAAAAAGUGCGUUCGGGUAGAAGGCAAGAGCAGUGAGCUGCUAAAACGGCCUACAAAAUCGUGUGUGACUUCACUAUUCUUACAAUACAUACUGUUGGCUGGAACUCAAACUAGUUCCUCUCAUCCGUACCUGCUGCUUGUGGACUCCUGCCUCCAUGGAGAACAUUUUGGAAAAAAGUUUCUUGGCUGUCAAUGUAGGCAGAGCAACUUUGCGGGGGCUUUUCCCCAUUCAACAUCUUGAUUGCAAAGAAGAUGAUGAGCUUUGAAUUGUGGUUUUACAAGAUACUGGAUAAAAAUUGUAUCAUUGAUGACGUUGCAAGGCCAGAAUCAACAGGAAAGGCUGGACAAACUACUUUGAGUUCCAUCCAUACAUUUUUUUUUUUUGCCUCAAUAUCAUGUGCUGGCUGGAGUGAUCAAUCUGUAUAUUCUAGAUUUUCUUGGAUUUCUUGGACGUUCUUUUCUGCUUGAAUUAGAAACUUGAAUCGAUGCAUUCGAGUGAAAAGUGACUGUCUACCGUUUUAUCCAUUUAAGUUAUUUAUUCAGGAGGAGCCAGCUGGUUGCAUCUUCUAUCCACUGAGGUGUUGAUGCUUGAGUCGAUAUGUAAAAGUGAUUUCUUUCUCUCUCUUUUUUUAAAUGUCAAUGUAUAUAACUGUGUGUAUAUGAAUGUCCACCAAAUCCACCUGAAGUGAACGUAAUAAUAUGGGUGAUGGAAACAACAAAUAAAGACAUCCUAAACUUUU